CCAUGGAAUUGUCCAAUCAGAUGUAUUGUUACCGUAAGAAAGCGGAUCUACUUGGACAUGCAAAAAAAAAAAUGAUUUAGCUUGUUCAUCUCACUAGUUAUUUGGGGAAAAAUAUGGACUAGAGUUUGUUCUCCUAUUGAAUUAGUGCAACGAGUUAGCUGAUCCCCGAUUGUACUUUUAGUUACCGCGUGCUACAUGUUCAGCCAUAGAGCUAGCUGACUAGACUACAGUACCUGCUGUAAAAGUCAGAACUUGUUAGGAAUUUCUAAACUAAAACAUUUCUUUUACAUUGAAACAUUGUUUACCUGUAUUGUAUCUAAAUUGCGGGCUCAAUGAGAACAAUAAGAGCCCUGCAGAGUUUUAACAGAGUCCUUGUUUGCACUUGUCCACAACCACCAUCUGUUAGGUCAUGGAGCGUGGCACAGGACAAACGUUUUUCCAGCAGUUCAGCAGAGAGACCAAUUCCAGGGAACUCAGUGCUCAGACACCUAACCUCCAAGAUCAAAUCUACUGGUCCUAUCUCAGUGGCUGAGUACAUGAGGGAGGUUCUAACUAACCCAGUCACGGGCUACUAUGUGCAGAAUGAUAUGCUUGGGCCGGACGGAGAUUUCAUCACAUCCCCGGAAAUAAGCCAGAUCUUUGGGGAGUUGCUGGGGAUCUGGUGUUUGAGUGAAUGGAUGGGAGCAGGGAAGCCCAGUCACUUGCAGUUGGUGGAGUUUGGACCAGGAAGAGGCUCCUUGAUCAGUGAUGUCCUUAGGGUCUUCAGCCAGCUGAGCGGGGCCCUGGGUGGGGCUACAGUCUCCGUGCACCUGGUGGAGGUGAGUCCUAAACUCAGCCAGAUCCAGGCCCAGUGUUUGUCAGGGGACCAGAGCCGGGUAUCAGCCAGUGAAGAUGAGCCUGUGUACCGCCAGGGGACCACUGCCGCUGGACUGCCCAUCUCUUGGUACCGGAACCUGGAUGAUGUCCCCAGAGGCUUCAGUGUCUACCUUGCUCAUGAGUUCUUCGAUGCCUUGCCGAUCCACAAAUUCCAGAGGACGGAGAAGGGGUGGAGGGAGGUCAUGGUGGACGUUGACCCAGAGGAACCAGAUAAGCUGAGGUUUGUCAUUGUUCCAGCUCCCACUCUGGCCUCUACUCAACUAAUACAGUCAGAUGAAAAGAGACAGCACGUGGAGGUCUGCCCAGAGGGCGGGGUCAUUGUCCAGCGCCUGGCCAAUCGAAUUGCGGGGGAUGGGGGUGCGGCGCUGAUCGCCGACUAUGGGCACGACGGGACCAAGACCGACACAUUCAGAGGUUUUAAAGGUCACAAGCUCCAUGAUGUCCUGGCCUCCCCCGGCUCGGCAGACCUGACUGCGGACGUGGACUUCAGUUACCUGAGGAAGAUGGCUGGAGCUAUGGUGGCCUGCAUGGGCCCUGUUUCUCAGAGAAGCUUCCUGAAGAAUAUGGGCAUUGAUACACGCUUACAGGUUCUGCUGAGGAACUGUGCAGAUCCGUCCACGAGGGCCCAGCUAAUCCACGGCUACGACAUGCUGACCAACCCUGCGAAGAUGGGUGAGAGGUUCCAGUUCUUCACCAUGCUCAACCACAUCCGUCUAACCGGGCCCGAACCCAAGCAGCCUGAGCUGGGCGCGAAGAUGGCCCCAGUGCCCAGGAAAGCUCCAGCGCCUCUGCCUGUGGCUGGCUUCAGUGAGCUUGGCCUGUCCUGACACGAGACUCACCCUGGGUUACCUAGCAACAGCACCGCAAGGGCUGAUUGUCUGCUCCUUACAUGUGGGUGUCGCAUUGUACCUUGAUUAAAAACAAGGCCUUCUGAAUCGGCGAGAUUUUGUCUUACCGUAGUGUUUAAAACGUACGUGCUUUUAACUUAUUAUCCUUGGAUUUAUGUAUGCAAGCAAUUUGCAGUGUGAAGUUAGGCCCUCUGACUGAAAACACAGUGGAAGGUUCCACACUGUUCUCAUCUGAUGAACAGUAUACUCAAGUUAUUUUCUUUAGGGACAGAAUGAAAACCAGCUAAACGCUUGCUCAGCAUCUGUCAGAUAUAUCUGGCACCAAAGUACAUGCUUUCAGUUUGACUAUGAGAAAAAGUGAGACAAGAAAGUGGCAUUUUUUACUGAACGGCAGAAACAUUCGAGCACGAGUCUACAGAUGGAACACUCACCGUGUUAGAUUGGCCACCUCAGAGUCCCAACCUCAAUGUAAUUAAAGCUAUUUGGGAUCAGUCGGUCAUGCAAUACAGCAAAAAGUGUUUUUCUUACAAAAAGUGGUUUGCUACAAAAUUGUAUUGCUUUCGGUUAUGUAUUAUGCUGGAGGCCAUGCAAAAGAUUCACCUGGUCUAAAAGCACAAUAUAUUUUUGUUUAUUUUCGUUCUAAUGGUGUUUGUUUUCCAACAAAUAAACACCUGUUUAAAUUAA